AUGGAUUCUUCGUCUUUAUCUCUUCCAUCUUCUUUAUCUCGCAACUGGAAACACCAUGUAUUCCCAAGCUUCCAUGGGCCAGAUGUCCGCAAAGAUUUCCUCAGCUACAUAUUGAAGGAGUUUAGAAGUAAGGGAAUUGACCCGUUCAUUGACAAUGAUAUAGAGAGGAGCAAGUCGAUAGGUCCUGAGCUCAUAGAAGCUAUUAGAGGAUCAAAGAUCGCUAUUGUCUUGCUCUCGAUGAACUACCCUUCCUCGACAUGGUGCCUAGACGAAUUGGUGGAGAUCAUGAAGUGCAGAGAAGAUUUGGGUCAAAUAGUGAUGCCCAUCUUCUACAAACUAAAUCCAACUGACGUAAAGAAGCAGACCGGAAGUUUUGGGAAGGUUUUCGAGAAACAUUGUGAAGGUAAAACAAAAGAAAACAUUGAGAGAUGGAGACAAGUUUUGGUGGAAGUGGGGAAAAUUGCUGGUUACCAUUCAUGCAACUGGGAUGAUGAAGCAGCCAUGGUCGAAAAAAUUGCUAUUGAUAUUUCAAACAAGUUGAAUAUUUUAACGUCAUCAAGUGAUUUCGACCACUUUGUUGGGAUGGAAGCUCAUAUGGAAAAGAUGGAAUCGUUUUUAAGCCUAGAUAUGGAUGAAGUGAGGAUGAUAGGGAUUUGGGGUCCUCCUGGGAUUGGUAAGACCACCAUUGCCAGAUUUCUAUUUCAUCAACUCUCCAACCGUUUUCAACUAAGUGUCUUUAUGGAGAACAUCAAAACAAGAUACACCAUACCAGCUUGUUCUGAUGACUAUCCUGCAAAGUUGCAAUUACAACAACAAUUUAUGUCUAAGAUAAUCAACCAAGAGGAUUUCAAAAUCGCAAACUUAGGGAUUGCACAACAAAGGUUGCAAGAUAAAAAAGUUCUUGUGGUUCUUGAUGACGUUGAUCAGUUAGUACAGUUGGAUGCCAUGGCGAAAGAAACUUGUUGGUUUGGUCCUGGAAGUCGGAUUAUCAUCACAACUCAAUAUCAAAAUGUUUUAAGGGCACACAGAAUCAACCAUAUUUACAAAGUUGAUUUUCCAUCAACUAAUGAGGCUUUUCAAAUCUUUUGUACGUAUGCUUUUGGUCAAAAGUCCCCUAAAGAAGGUUUUGGAGAGCUUGCAUGGGAAGUUACAUACCUUUCCAGCAAACUUCCUCUGGGAUUAAAGCUUAUGGGCUCCUACUUCCGAGGAAUGUCCACGCAGGAGUGGACAAAGGCACUGCCAAUGUUAAGAACUCACGUUGAUGGACAAAUUGAGAGCAUUCUAAACUAUAAAAGCCUUGAGAAAGUGGAAGAGCAUUUGUCUAACGAAUUCACGGAUGUGAGGCAAGGGCUCCACAACUUAGUUGAAAGAUCUCUCAUAUAUAUCGACUCGUAUUCUACGAUACGGAUGGAUGACCUGCUAUUACAACUGGGUAGAGAAAUCGUUCGUAAACAAUCUGCUCAUGAGCCUUGGAAGCGUCAAUUUUUGGUUGAUGCUAGAGAUAUAUGUAAAGUACUAAGUGAAGAUGAUGCAACAUCGCUUAGAAAUCUCAAGUGGAUGGACUUGUGUUACUCCGUCAACCUGAAGGAACUUCCUGAUCUCUCUACUGCCACUAAACUUAAGGAAUUGAAUCUUCAAGGAUGCUCAAGUCUACUAAAGCUUCCCUCUUCCAUUGGAAAUGUCACCAAUCUCCAGAAAUUGGAUCUUAGUGAUUGCUCCAGCUUAGUGGAGCUCCCUUCUUCUAAUGGAAACCUUCAUAAAUUACCAACGUUGAGUUUACAAGGAUGCUCCAAGUUAUUGGUUCUUCCGACCAAUAUCAACUUGGAAUCUCUCAAUGAACUUGAUCUCACUGAUUGCUCUUUGCUCAAAACGUUUCCUGAGAUAUCAACAAACAUUAAAGUUCUCAAGCUCAGUGGAACUGCUAUAGAAGAAGUGCCUCCCUCCGUCAAGUCAUGGCCUCGUCUUGAUGAUUUGCAUAUGUCAUACUGUGAAAAGCUUAGGAAAUCCCCACACGCUCUUGACAGCAUCACAGUGUUGGACUUGAAUGAUACAGAAAUAAAAGAAGUUGCGACAUGGGUCAAGAGAAGCUCUUGUGUACGCCGAGUUAAAUUCAAGGAAUGUAGAAAUCAGCCAUUACGUCCACACUUUCCGAGUUUCUUAGCGUUCUUCUAUGCAGGAGUUUGUGAGUCCAUGAAGAUAGUAAAUUACUCCUUUUGCCAAUCAGAGAUUCACAUCAGCUAUACUAAUUGCUCUGGCCUGGAUCAUUAUGCGAGAGACUCCAGAAUCAGCGGAUCUACUUGUAGACAUGCGUUCUUACCUAGUGGAGCAAUGCCUGUCUGCUUCACUUACCGAGCGAUUGGUGAUUCUGUGAAAGUGAAGUUGCAUGAGAGGUCUCUUCCCACACCUAUGAGGUUUAUGGCUUGCAUCGUGUUGGCUAAAAAGAGUAGCGAUGUUGCUGGUGUCGAGGAACGGGUGCAUGUAACUUGUACCAUCAUUGAUAAACAGAAUGGCCUCGCUGCUAUUUACACAGUGAAACAAAGUUUUCUCGUUUUAACGGAGAAUAUGUUCACAGUCGAAGUUCGAGAAAAGGUGAGUUGCUCCAAAGAGUUUCUCUUUGAGUUCAAAGUCGAGGAAGACAAAUGGGAGAUAAGGGAAUGUGGAGUAUUUGAACAUGUGGAGGUCAUUCAUGUUCAUGAACAAGUAUCAUCUUAA